CGUACAUGAUGAUGAUCAAGAUUUUCAGCGAAUUAUUUUCCGAAAAUCUCCCAAUAGUCCACUACGCGACUUUAAAUUAAAAACAGUUACCUUUGGCGUAAACUGUGCCCCAUACCUCGCCAUUCGUACACUCCACGAGCUGGCAGAAGACACAAAGUCAGAAUUUCCUCUGGCAACACAAGUGUUGAAAACACAAACGUAUGUAGUCGACAUUCUGUCCGGAAGCCACAAUCUUCCACAGGCAUACGAGUCACUAGCACAAGUGACACAAGCGCUCAAUACAGCAGGGUUUCCGUUGAAAAAGAUAACGGCGAACCACCCUAAUAUUUUAAAAGACAUACCUAAAGAAAAUCUUUUAGACACUAAUUUCCUUAAAUUCGAAAACGAAAGCACAACAAAAACUUUGGGGAUACAAUGGAAUGCGAUAUCUGACCAGUUUUCAUACACUAAUGAGUCAAUAUCCGCACUAUCAGCUGUAACAAAGAGGCAAAUAUUAUCCUCGGUGGCAAAACUUUUCGACCCCGCAGGAUGGCUUUCGCCAAAUAUGAUACAAGCAAAAAUUCUAAUACAAGAAUUGUGGCUAGACGGAACUGACUGGGAUGAACAAGUGAAACCACUUCGUUUAGAAAAGUGGUCCCAGUUCGCGGGUAAUCUGAAUGAUAUCUCACAGAUACAAAUCCCACGAUGGAUAAAUUAUGCCCCAGAGCACAAAGUCGAACUACAUGGCUUCUGUGAUGCCUCUGAAAAGGCAUAUUGUGCCACCAUCUAUGUGCGCACACAAUCUGACACAGCGACCACCAGUCACCUACUGGUAGCCAAAGCAAAGGUGGCUCCGCUAAAAACAAUAAGUCUGCCACGACUGGAACUAUGUGGUGCGCUACUACUAGCCAAACAAGUAUCCAUGGUGAAAACGCAUCUAAAUAUGACCAAAUAUAAAUUGUAUCUCUGGUCUGAUUCCGAAAUUGUAUUAGCCUGGUUAGAAAAACCUCCACAUGCAUGGAAGACGUAUAUUUCCAAUCGAACGUCUCAAAUCCUUGACCUAGUGGGAUCAGCCACUUGGCGACACGUGGCCAGUGCUGACAAUCCUGCUGACCUAGGUACAAGGGGGUUCAAGCCUCUGCACCCUGCAACCACCACUCUUUGGUGGAAUGGCCCUCGAUGGUUAAUAGAAUCCCCAGAUUCUUGGCCACGAUCGCCCAUACGCAAUAUAAUUGCCCCCGAAAGUCGGAAAAUCGACUCCUUUCACACGGCAUUGGAUGAUACUGACAUCCUUGAGCGAUUUUCAUCAUACCCUCGAGCCCUCAGGGUAAUCGCUUAUAUGCUCAACUUCAUAGAGCGACUCAAACUUAGAAUUAAGGGAAUACGCACAGUAUAUCCCCAAGGCGAUACAUUGACGCACCUAGACCUAGAAAAGGCAAAGGUCGCUCUUAUCACUUAUACUCAGUCGCGCCACUUCAGCUGCGAGAUGUCACUACUAAGAGAAUCGAAGCCGAUUGACAAAAAGAGCUCACUCUUAGUACUAAAUCCAUUUCUGGAUACGAAAGGUCUGCUUCGUGCUAAUGGUCGGCUUGCUAACUCAAGCCUGACAUAUAACGAACGCCAUCCUCUAAUAAUACCAGAGAAGUCUCGACUUGCAACAUUGUUACUCAAGUAUAUACAUAUACUAAUGUUGCACGCGGAACAUCGCCUAAUGCAAUAUGUAAUCCGCCAAGAGUUUUAUAUUCCCCUACUUAAGCCUGAAAUAAAAAAGUGCAUUUUCAUGUGCAAGAUCUGCACUAUGCAUAAACAGAAGAUUAGGACGCAGAUUAUGGCAGCACUUCCACCGGAACGCUGCAACUUCGCUCUGCCUUUCACUAUCACAGGUGUUGAUUUUGCUGGGCCUUUUCAGAUAAAGGCGUCCAUGCUAAGGUCUCCUACCCUAAUGAAAGGCUAGGUGGCUGUCUUUGUCUGUUUUACGACAAAAGCAGUGCACCUCGAGCUAUGUACUAAUCUGACAAAAGAGGCUUUUCUCGCGGCAUUUGCUCGCUUCGUCGGACGACGCGGUUUUCCGUCCAAACUUAUGAGCGACAAUGUAAAAACCUUUGUCGGAGCUCAAAGAGCCACAGAAAAACAGUUUGUGGACUUUAUUAAACAAGUCUCCCCUGAGAUUGUACAAAAGUACGCCCCCCAAGGCAUUAAUUGGCAAUUUAUCCCCCCAAGAGCUCCUUAUAUGGGUGGUUUAUGGGAAUCAGCUGUAAAAAGCUUCAAAUCCCACUUAAAAAAAGUAGCUGGAAACUACAAAUUUAAUUACGAAGAAUUUACAACUCUAUUAAUUCGCAUUGAAGCCGUUCUCAAUUCACGGCCACUAACAACACUCUCGCAAGAUCCCUCAGAUCUCACAGCCCUAACACCAGGGCACUUUCUCAAAGGAGCACCCAUUCUGGCCACACCUGAGCCAGGCGUGGAGUCGCUAUCCUUAUUAAAUCGAUGGGAAAGAAUUAAAAUUCUCCAUCACAAUUUCAGUCGCAGAUGGUAAGAAGACUAUUUAAAGGACCUCCACAAGAGGUAUCGAUGGAAAACAUCAGAAAAUGCGCCAAAGCUUGGAGAUUGUGUACUUAUUAACGACGAUUGUCUCCCACCUACCGAGUGGCGACUUGGCCGUAUAGAAAAGCUCCAUUAUGGCUCAGACGGUCGCAUCCGCGUCGUUGAUCUCCGUACUCAAAGCGGAAUACUCACCAGACCGCUGGUUAAAUUAUGCUUUCUACCAACCGCGGAUAAUAACGAAAAUCCGAUACUAAACAAUCCGAACAUAAUGCCGUAACGCAAAUGAAAAUAAAUCAAU